UCAAGUUUAUCUGGGAACUUCCUGCCCUUUACUCUGUUUAGCGGUCACAGUGUCUUCCCGUCUUGUGAAGAGUUUCCUUCACUCUGUCAAAUCACACCCAAGGCACAACGAGGUGUCCAUAUGUCAAAGGCAGAGAUGUCAGACGCAGCAGCAUCACCUCUCUUUUGCCUAAAUCUGAUACUACUUCUUUUAGUAUCACUUCAGGUCUCCGAAUCCGCCAUUGGGGUGAACUGGGGCACAGUAUCUUUACACAAGAUGAAGCCUUCUACGGUGGUGGAUCUCCUGAAAGAAAACAAAAUACAGAAGGUGAAGCUGUUUGAUACAGACCCAGAUGUGCUCGCAUCUCUCAUGGGGAGCGGGAUUCAGGUCAUGGCUGGAGUACCCAAUGAGAUGCUGGCUGCCUUAGCCUCUUCCACCCUUGCUUCUGAUUUGUUUAUUCGCCAGAAUAUCUCCAGAUACGUCGUUAAGGGUGGUACUGAUAUCAGGUACAUUGCAGCAGGAAAUGAGCCAUUCCUUUCAAGUUAUGCUGGUCAAUUUCAGAAUUAUGUUGUGCCUGCCCUGCUUAACUUACAGCAGUCCUUGGCCAAAGCAAAUCUUGCCGGCUAUGUUAAGUUGGUGGUUCCAUGCAAUGCGGAUGCCUACGAGUCCAAUAUUCCUUCUCAAGGGGCAUUUAGACCUGAACUUUUGCAAAUUAUUACCCAGCUUGUUUCAUUUCUCAACUCAAAUGGUUCCCCUUUUAUAGUCAAUAUCUACCCAUUUCUCAGCCUCUAUGGGAACUCAGAUUUUCCUCAAGAUUAUGCCUUCUUUGAGGGUACCACCCAUGCUGUAACGGAUGGGCCCAACGUUUACUACAAUGCCUUUGAUGGAAAUUUGGACACCUUAGUUGCAGCUCUAAAUAGAAUUGGGUAUGGUCAGAUGCCCAUAGUCAUUGGAGAAGUGGGUUGGCCCACAGAUGGAGCCGUCGGUGCAAAUCUCACUGCUGCUAGGGUUUUCAACCAAGGCCUCAUAAAUCAUGUUUUAGGUAACAAGGGAACUCCUCUGCGGCCUGGUGUCCCUCCUAUGGAUAUCUAUCUCUUCAGUUUACUUGAUGAAGGGGCCAAGAGUGUACUUCCUGGAAACUUUGAGAGACACUGGGGGAUUUUCUCCUUUGAUGGCCAGGCUAAGUAUGCUUUGAACCUUGGUUCGGGUAACAAAUUACUAAAGAAUGCAAACAAUGUUGGAUACCUUCCUUCUAGGUGGUGUGUAGCAGACCCAGCUAAAGAUCUGUCCGGGGUGGCAAACCACAUGAAAAUUGCCUGUAGUGUUGCAGAUUGCACGACACUCAACUAUGGGGGUUCAUGUAAUGAAAUUGGAGCAAAAGGAAAUAUCUCAUAUGCAUUCAACAGUUUUUAUCAGCUGCAAAUGCAGAAUGCGCAAAGCUGUGAUUUUGAUGGGCUUGGUAUAGUCACCUUCCAGGACCCUUCAGUUGGUGAGUGUAGGUUUCUUGUUGGCGUCACUGGUACCAGUUCCUCUGAUUUUGUAGCAUAUCAGAGAUGGAUCACCAUUUUGAUUUCAUCUGGGGUCUGGUUGUUUGCAAUGUGAAGAGGUUUCUUAGUGCAUGAUUUCGUAGUCCCCGUGCUCCCAAAACUAUUAGACAUACUUGAAAAUAUACUAUAGGAUUUAGAAAUUCUGAGAAAUGAUUCCAGGUUAAUUGAUUGUAUUAUGUUAUGUAAGAAGAGUAAUCUGUUACCUUAAAUGAAUUAUUCAAUGGUAAAAUGUAGGCUCGGAUACACUUCUUCUUUUUUUGUAUUCGUCCUUCCGAAGUUA